UCUAUAGAAGUUAAAAAGCGUGAUGGUCAUGUUGGUAAAUUUACCAAAAUACUGAAUUAAUUGUAUUCACUAUACACAGUGCCGUAAGCAGUGUUAAAUGUGGAGUUUACAGCACAAGUGGUCAGUGGAACAAAAUUAGAUAGUUUGUUUUGUUUUUUAGUUUUUUUUUUUUUUUAAACCGAACCGGUUGUAGAUAUUGCAGUUGAAGUACUGUACCUGUGCUGAUAUAUUGAGCGCUGCAGCAUACUCUAUCCGGAUUCAUUAUUGGAAAACAAUGACGUCCAACGUUCGGUAUCUAAUAUUUUUCCAGUAUUUCGGUACUAAAUAUAGUGGUGUAAUGAAGACGCCAACACACCAAAACAUCCUCGGAGUUCAGAAUUACCUGGAGGAAGCUGUGCGGAAGCUGAGGCCAGCCAAUGAGGUCACUGUGUCUGUAUCCAGCCGGACGGACAGCGGGGUGCACGCGCUCUGUAACUCUGCCCAUGUGGACAUCCAGAGAAAGAGUGGCAAGCCUCCCUUCACAGAGAGGCUUCUUGUUGAUGCUUUAAAUUACCACCUGAAGCCUGAACCCAUCAGCAUCCUCAAGGCCUACAGAGUGGCAGAUGACUUCCACGCCCGUUACUGUGCCUUAUCCAGGACAUACGUUUACCGACUCAUUACCGGGGCCCGGCAUUACUCCCAGCUCCCCGUGUUCGAGAGGAGCCUCUGCUGGGCUGUGCAUGAGGACCAUUUCAAUGUGACAGCAUUGCAAGAAGCUGCCAAGCUGUUGCUGGGGACCCAUGACUUCAGUACAUUCAGAUCACUGAACUCCGAGACGCCUUUCAAGUCCCCCAUCAAGACACUCCUGCAAGCAGAGGUGUGCAGUGGAGCGGGCUCAUUCUCACAGCAUCCUUUUCACAGGCACAUGCAGUACUGGGAUCUUACAUUCAGAAGUAGAUCAUUUCUGUAUAAACAGGUGCGGAGGAUGACCGGGGCUCUGGUUGCUGUUGGACAGGGGAGGCUUUCACCCUCAGAGAUGAAGGAUCUACUGGAGGCCAGGGAUUCUCUAGCCUACCCACAGAAUAUGAUGGCACCCCCAGAUGGUUUGUUCCUUCAGAAAGUGGAAUACGAGGAAACAGAUCUGUUCCCAGAAGCAAUGGAAACCGACUUGACUUGAUGAUCAAAUUAUUGCACGCCGUAAAAGAUGGCUUUGUUUUAUGAAUAUUCAUACUCUUGAGAUUGUGGUUAACA